UGCACCGGGGCACGCGCCGGCGGGGUUCAGUGAGUUGUGUGGUGUCCGAUCAGCAAAUUAAUCAUGGGGAGGACUCUUGCCGCGGCUGCUGCCGUCGUAGUGGUGUUACUCUUGUGUUGCUCGUCUGGGGUGCGUGGUGAGGAGUCGGACGACGUGAAGGAAUCCCUCGUCAAGUUUCUGGUCAAGCUCGCCGGAGGCGGUGAUGUUGGCGAGGAGAGGGCGCUAGCCCUCGGGUGGAUCAACUCAACCGACCCCUGCCCUGGCGCCACCGGCAACGGCAGCGUCUCCAAGUGGGGCGAGCAGGUCGUGUGCUUCAACAACGGCGACCCCAACGCCGGCAAGAUCAAGUACAUCGAUCUCCAGUCGCAGAACCUGAACGGCACCAUCGACGCGUCGCUGCUCUGCGCCGCGCGUGCGCUCCGCCGAGUGAACCUGCAGAACAACUCGCUGACCGGCGGCCUCCCCGCGAGCAUCUCGGCCUGCUCGGGCCUCCCCUACCUCUUCCUCGACCACAACCGGCUCUCCGGCAGCCUGCCGAGCUCCCUCGGCCAGCUCAGGAGGCUCCGCGUGCUCGACGUCUCCAGGAACGACUUCUCCGGCGAACUCCCAGACAGCCUCCGCCAGCUUCCCAACCUGGUAAGGUUCGCGGCCAACAACAACCACUUCGACGGCACCAUUCCGGACUUCAACCUCCCCAAUUACCGGAGCUUCAACGUGUCCAGCAACAACCUCACCGGGCCGAUCCCCAAGAAACUCGGAAUCAUCGACAUGUCCAGCUUCGCGGACAACGCCGCCGGCAUGUGCGGCAAACCUCUCUUCCCCGAGUGUCCGGCAUCGCCUUCCCCCGGUAAGGAUGGGGAGAGCAAAUCAAAGAAGACGCGGAAGAUCCUGAUGUACCUCGGGUACAUCCUCCUCGGUUCCGUCAUAGUGGGCUUCGUCGUCUACAAGCUCUGCUCCAGGAAACGAAAAAACAGACUGGGCAAGAAGGGCAGGGGUGGUGGCAAGGAAAUCUUCGACAGCAGCACCGACCCGACGACGACGGCGAGCAAGUCGGCCUACUCGCUGCCCGCUUCGUCGGAGCGGAGCGCGACAGCGGCCGGAGGCGCGCCGUCGGUGUCGCUGGUGGUGCUGCGGCGGUCGGGCACGGCCUCCGUCACGUCGGCGGCCGCGGCCGCGGCGGCCAAGGACCUACGGUUCGAGGACCUGCUCAAGUCGCCGGCAGAGCUGCUUGGUCGCGGGCGUUACGGGAGCUCGUACAAGGUGGUGGUGCCCGGCGGGGCGGCGCUGGCGGUGAAGCGGAUCAAGGACGCGUCGGUGACCGACGACGAGUUCCGGCAGCGGAUGGAGCGGGUCGCACGCGCGAGGCACCCGGCCGUCCUGCCACCGCUGGCCUUCUACUGCGCCGCCCAGGAGAAGCUGGUGGUGUACGAGUUUCAGAGCAGCGGCAGCCUCCACAGGCAACUCCACGGCUCCAUAGAGAGCAGCCAGGCCCCGCUUGACUGGCCGGCGCGCCUCCACAUCGCUGCCAAGGUCGCCGAUGGCAUGGCCUUCAUGCACUCCGCCAUGCGCGGCCACGGCGCGAGCUCCUACUCGUCCUCCUCCAACUCCUCCUCGUCCGACUCAGCCGCGGCCGCGGAGGGCGCGGUCGCCCACGGCGCCCUCAAGACCUCCAACAUCCUCUUCACGGCCGGCAUGGAGCCUUGCAUCAGCGAGUACGGCGUCAUCGCGCCGCCGCUCGCCCCCGGCACCGGCGGAAGCAGCCGGAGCUCCGGUCUCCGCGCGGACGUGCGCGCCUUCGGCGUGCUGCUGCUGGAGCUGCUCACCGGGAAGGCCACGGCGGCGCAGGGCGACGGUGCGGAGCUCGCGCGGUGGGUGACCUCGGUGAUCCAGGAGGAGUGGACGGCCGAGGUGUUCGACCGCGCGCUGCUCGCCCGCGACGCCGUCGUCAACGAGCAGCGCAUGGUGCGGCUGCUGCAAGUCGCCAUGAGGUGCGUCGACGCCGCGCCGGGUGAGGCGCCGCCGACCAUGAGGGAGGUCGCCGGGAUGGUCAACGCCAUCCGCGACGAGGACGACCGGUCUCACUCCGCGGAAGCAUGACACGAGCAUUUAAACUGAGACACUCGGCGGUCCCUUAAUUCUGAUCGGCAAUUUAUGUAUAAGCAUGUAAAAUUAGCUGUAUUUUCCUCUUUUUUUGAUAAAGCUGUAUUUUCCUUCAUUCGGAUAA